AUGGAAGCUGUUUUCCUAGGAGCAUCAAAAGGUAUAGGCUACUUUACCGUCCUAAACCUCUUACAGAACAACCAAAAUUGGAAAACUACUUUGUUACUUCGUAAGCCUGAUGUAUUCGAUAAAAACCACCUGAUUAAACCGUUCAUCGAGAAUGGUCGAUUGAGGAUCGUUCAAGGUGAUGCGACCAACGAAGAUGAUUUGAAGAAGUUGUUUGAAGGGAAGAAAGUGGAUUUGGUAAUGAGUAGUAUAGGCGCUGCUCCUCAAUUCGGUUUAUCAGGAAUCAAAAUUGACCAACCUGACCUAUGUACACGAGGAUCUAUCGCCCUCUUACACGUGCUGGAGAACCUGCCUCAGGAUGUACCUCCCCGAGUGAUCGUAUGCAGUUCGAUGGGUAUAGGUGAAGCUCAUAAGGAUAUGCCUCUGGCAAUGAGGUUACUUUAUUCAUGGUUACUUGAUAAACCUCAUCAAGAUAAGAAAUCACUCGAAUACCUAUUCCAUCGAUCAGCCACCAACUUCCCUAAGAUGACCUCCCCACACGAUAUCCCACCGGAGAGUCUAUUAUCAAAACAGGCUAUUGAAAGUACAAAGGCCAAUUUUCUUCCCGAGGUGAUCAUCGUCCGACCAGCGUUCAUGCCUACGGAAGAACCGUUCGAUGCCGUUCCAGGACCGAAAAAUAAAGUAGGAGUGGAAGAAGGUCUGAGUUGUUAUACGAUCAAGAGGAGUGAUUGGGUGAAUAAAUGUCCAGUAGUGGGAUAUAUAUGA